UGCCGCCCAAAAUGGCGAAUACGACUGCUUAUGUCAAAAUCGACAGAUACACCGUAAACAAAGCGGCUUGGUUAGUUUUGUCCUCCACAUUUCUAUUAAAAAGCAAAAAGAUGUCUUUCAAAGGAUCUAAAGUUCAAAAAGUAAUGGUACAACCCAUUAACUUGAUAUUCCGGUAUCUCCAGAAUCGAUCUCGUGUGCAAGUGUGGCUGUACGAAAACACGCAUCUACGAAUAGAAGGCCACAUCGUUGGUUUCGACGAAUAUAUGAAUUUAGUAUUAGAUGAAGCUGAGGAAUUUAAUAUUAAAAAGCAAACCCGCCGUCAACUCGGACGUAUUAUGCUUAAAGGAGACAACAUUACUCUCAUCCAGAAUGUGCAGAAUUAGAAGGCAUCAUGUGUAACCAACAAAUCAUGUUUAUUUUCCAAUUUAUUUACAUAA